GGACGGCUAGUGAAGGGAACGGAUCGUCAUACUCGGUCAGCGAAAAUGCCGUCCAAAAGUCGCGUUUAAAUCCGUCUUCCAUAAGAGACAAAUUCGAAAUUCUCGCGAACUAGUUUCGACCGUGGUGGCUUUGGUAAUAUUUCUCCGGCAACGGUUGGGGAAACGUUUCCGCGCCCUCCGUAUGGGCAACGAAAGAACGACGUCCACGCUGAGAACCAUGAAGAAUCGUAAAUCGAAGAUGGAAUAUCGCGAGUACAAUUUCACGUAGUGUAAGAACGAAAUGACGACGCGUUUAUGUACGGUGACCAAAAACUUGUCCAUCGAAGAGCACGCCUGUAGAACAUUUUUAGAGUGAUCGUAAAGUUAUUGUUUAGUUUCCAUUUUUUUUAAAUCGAGAACAAUAGAUAUAUUUUGCAGUCGAAGCAAAUUUUGAACGGUGGCACGCGUCGAACAAAGAAACUUCUCGUGAAAGUUUCUGUGGUGGUCGGUAAAGUGUUCGCCGGUAGCGGAUACGUGCUUGUGGAUGAUCGCGAGCAAAGUUGGUGCGCUUUCGAUGUAAUCCCGCCUUUCGUCGAGGGCAAAGGAACGAUAUAUCGAGGAUGACGCGAGAGAUUCUUCUAUCCCUUUUGGGGAUCCUCGUCGUGGGCGCAGAAGGAUUGAAGUGCGGUCAUCCAGCGGUACCGAUGAACGCCAAGGUGUCAUUGUCCGACGAAUCAUUAGCAGUUGGCACUUUGGCGACGUACACCUGCGAUGCCGGAUACGAACUAUUUGGCAGUGGCAGCCUGUCGUGUAACACUCGAGGGAAAUGGCAGGGAGAUCUACCAUUUUGCGGAACGAACGUUGCUUUUCGCAAACCAACGAAUCAAUCGACGACCGUACGAGGAGGAGACGCCGGCCACGGCAACGACGGCGACUCCAGCACCGAACACGAUGGAAAAAGAUGCACGGAGACCCAAAGCGAGCCCAGUCCUUGGUGGAAGGUCGACCUUCUGAAGUCGUAUUCGGUAAAAGUCGUCAGAGUAACGACCAGAGGUUGCUGCGGCCACCAACCUCUGCAGGACAUUGAAAUUCGCGUUGGAAACAGCAGCGUGGAAUUGCAGCGUAAUCCUUUGUGCGCCUGGUUUCCUGGCACGAUAGAAGAAGGAAUCACGAAGACGUUCGUGUGCGCCAGGGCAUUGAUCGGACAGUACGUGUUCUUGCAGCUAGUCGGCGUCGAAGGAAGCCUAAGUCUGUGCGAGGUGGAAGUGUUCGCCGUGGACGAGUUCUCGACGGACAGGUGUGCCCAGACCGGAACACCGGCUGACGCUGACUUGGCCGCUUUCAAUUCCACCUGUUACGAGUUCAUCGUGAAGAAAGGUGGUUCCUUUCAGGAAGCCAGAAACUAUUGUCGGACCAGAGGCGGGGAUCUCGUGCACGGCUUCAAGGGUGCCUCGCCGGUGUACAUACUGAAUAAUCUCGAAAGGAGAAAAGAUAAACUGAAGACGCAGCUAGUUUGGAUAGGCGCUCAAAAGGAACCGUUGAUAACGGCUCGAACCUGGAGAUGGGUUGACGGAGAGAUUGUUCAGAAACCUUCGUGGGGUAAGGAUCAACCGAACAACUACAACGGCGAACAGAAUUGCGUGGUGUUGGACGGUGGCCGUAGUUGGCUAUGGAACGAUGUCGGUUGUAACCUCGACUAUUUACACUGGAUAUGCCAAAGCAGACCACCCACCUGUGGCAGCCCAGAGAAGUUCGAGAACACGACCAUAGUUGGAAACAAGAGAACCAUUGGCUCUAUCAUAGAGUACGUCUGUCCUGACGGACACAUGUUGAUCGGAUCGAAGAACAGAACGUGCGAGGUAAAUGGUUUUUGGAGCGGCGAGGCGCCCACGUGCAAAUUCGUCGAUUGCGGUCCUUUACCCGAGCUGGAGAACGGUGCAAUCACGUUGGUCGAUAAAAGAACGACUCAUGGUGCGCUCGCCGAUUACGCCUGUAAGGAAAACUACACGCUGUUGGGUGAUGCCAGACGUCGAUGCGGAGACGGCGGUAUUUGGAGUGGACAUCAACCUCAGUGUUUAUUUGAUUGGUGUCCAGAACCACCACAGGUCAACGGAGGAGUAGUAACCACCACUGGAAGAAGAGCAGGAUCUACCGCCACUUAUUCUUGUCAGAACGGUUUUAUUCUAUUUGGGGACAAUGUCCUUACGUGUGACAUUGGCGGAGAGUGGUCCGGCAAAGCGCCUCAAUGCCGAUUCGUCGACUGCGGAGCGCCGGCCCAGAUAGAAUUUGGUUCCGUGACCUUAAUUAAUGGCACCACCACGGUCAAGAGUUUGGCGGUGUACACGUGUCUAGAGGACUACUGGCUGGUGGGCGAGGGGAAGCAAGAAUGCACCAAAGAGGGGAAAUGGAGUCACGAUACACCGUCGUGCGAAUUGAUUACUUGCGAGGAGCCAGAUGUACCUGCCGGAAGUUACGUGGUCGGGUACGACCUGAACGUACACAGUUCCAUCGAGUACCACUGCGAAGCAGGCUAUCAACUUCAAGGCGAAGCCAGACACACGUGCGGCAGAGACGGCGAAUGGACUGGAGAAGUUCCUACGUGCGAAUACGUGGACUGCGGGAAUGUUUUGCCCAUGUUGAAUGGAGCGGCGGAAUACGUGAAUGGAACGACGCAUCUCGGAAGUGAAAUCACCUACAGUUGCGCGAGAAACUACAGGCUAAACGGAGUGUCGAGGAGAUACUGUUUAGACAAUGGUCAAUGGAGCGACGCGACUCCAAAGUGCGAAGAAAUUCGUUGUCCCGAACCCGUGUACGCGGACCAUGGGAUACUCUCGGUGACUGGGAACGAUCGAAUGUACGGCAGGACUUUGAUUCGUACCGGAACGCCGGAGAAUUCUAAUACCGGUGCGACUUCCUACAAGAUUGGCGCUCUUGCGAAAUAUCGAUGCGAAAGGGGAUACAAGGUGGUCGGGGAACCUCUUUCCACUUGCGAGGACAAUGGAAAAUGGAGUGGCGAAGUUCCGCGAUGUGUCUACGUCGAUUGCGGCAAGCCGGAACAUAUUCAACAUGGAAAGUACACCCUGACUUCGAACGCGACUUAUUAUGGGGCAGCUGCGCUUUACGAAUGCGACGGAAACUUUGAACUGGAUGGAUUCGCAAGGAGACUGUGUCUCGAGAACGGUACCUGGAGCAGCGACACUCCGGUUUGUAAAGAAAUUAGAUGCAAAGAUCCUGAGAAAGAAGGAGUAUUGUCUACUCAAGUUUCCACUCACAGCGUGGGAGGAGUGGCGCACUAUAGUUGUCCACGCGGAUUCUACAUGGAAGGAAACGAGACUAGAAUAUGCUUACAAAAUGGAUCAUGGAGCGGAAGCCCUCCCGCCUGUUUCUCGGUGGACUGUAAGCAUCCAGGAUCCAUAGAAAAUGGAAGAGUGAUAGUAGUAAAUGGAACGACGAUUUAUGGAGGAACUGCAGAAUACCAUUGUCUGCCGCAGUACGAGAGGGCAGGACCAUUCUUGAGAAAGUGUCUAGAUACCGGUUCGUGGAGUGGCGAGGAACCCAGAUGCGAACUUAUGCCUAACGAGGUAGCAGAAUCUCAAGGAGUAGGUACCAGUGUCGGUAUUGGAGCUGGCGUGAUCAUAUUUAUAUUAAUUAUACUUGGACUCGUUUAUCUAAGACUGAGGAAAGCUACGCCAGUGAAAAACACUGAGAACGUUCAAGCAGCCGAAAGAAAAGAGGACCAAAAUGCUGCUGUCAUGUCUUACGCUACUCUCAACGAUGGAACACCUAACACUAUGUACGAAAAUGUGCCAGAAGACGGUCUUUACGACAAUCCAUACAGUAUCAGUGGCAGUACUUAUGGGUACGGCACCAACAUGAGAAGACAUUACGGUAGGACGGGACACUACGAAGCGGAACCAGUGUCAAACAGAAACGGCAUUACCAUCAACGGAGUGUCUGUGCGAUAGUUCGAACUAUAUAUAAAAAUUAGAAUCUGUCCCUUAAAAUUGGAUAUUAUUUAUGUACAGGUAGGAGGAUACGAGUACGCGAAACUUUGUUGUCUUUAUUUAUAUUAUUAUAUUCGGCGCAUCGCCGAUUUAUGUAAAUAAGUAAAGAGGAGGAGUGAUCUUAAAAAGAUAUUCACGAAAAAAUUCGCGCCAAUGUUGUCCAUACCAAUGAUGAAUAACGCGUUUUAUCGACGGAUGGUAACCAUGUAUCGUCAUACCCAUUUGUUUGCAUUCGAAGUUAAUUGACGAUUAAAUUCAUGUAUUAUUAUGUAUAUAGAGUGUUUACCCUGAUUUAGAAUUAUCAUUUGUAACAUAAAUUCGUAUGUUCGUUGGUUAUGCGAAUAAAGAAACCAAUGCUCUUGUUUUA